AUGGAUAUCCUGCUUAAUGAUAAUGGUAGUGAAGUGACAGAGUUCAUCCUGGUAGGUUUAUCCAAUCAUCCAAAAUCCCAGAUUGCUUUUUAUUGCACCAUGAUCAUGGUUUACCUGAUCACGUUGGUAGGUAACAGUCUCAUCGUUGUUGUGGUUAGAGUUGAUGGGAGGCUUCAUACACCCAUGUAUUUUUUCCUCAGCAACCUGUCCAUCCUUGAUAUCUGCUAUUCUAGCAAUUCAGUGCCUUUUUUGUUGCUCAAUGGUUUAAAAGACUAUCCCACCAUUUCCUAUAACAAGUGUUAUGUCCAAAUGACUAUUGCCCUUUUUCUAGGGAUGACAGAGUGUCUUCUACUUGCUGUCAUGGCUUAUGAUAGAUUUAUUGCGAUCUCCAAUCCUCUGCGUUAUACUAUUGUUAUGAACAACAGAGUCUGCAUACAGUUAGCCAUGGUAACCUGGGCCAGUGCCUUUCUUUUAGCAAUAAUACCAAUCAUUGCAAUUCCUGCACGGUUUUGUGGACACAAUAUCAUCAACCAUUUUACCUGUGAGGUCCAAGCUCUGUUGAAGCUUAUCUGCACAGACACCCCAGUCAGAGCUAUUCUGGGUCUGGUCAUUGGCAUAUUCACAUUGCCACUGCCCUUCACCUUCAUCCUCAUAUCCUAUGCACGGAUUGUGGUUGCUGUGUUGAGGAUUCGCUCUACAGAGGCCAGAUUAAAAGCGUUCUCUACCUGUGGAUCCCAUUUGACUGUGGUCACAAUAUUUUACGGGACCGCGAUCUACAUGUAUCUGAAGCCUCAGUCAAAAGAUUCCCAGGACCAGGGUAAAAUCAUCUCUACAUUUUAUGGUGUAGUGACCCCUAUGUUGAAUCCUCUCAUUUAUACUUUGAGGAACAAGGAUGUGAAAGAUGAUAUAAAAAAAAUAAUUAGAAAGUAA